CUUCCUCCAUCCGGCCAUCCCCCAGCCACUAGACUCCAGCCCACCUCGCCUCAACCCCCUCUCCGAUCCGAACCCACCGCCUCCUCCUCAGUCGCCGUCGACGCCACCAUGGCGGCGUUCCUAGCCCGGCAGGCGGCGCUAGCCCUCCGCGCAAGGCAGACGGCGCACCUCGGCCCGUCCGCGACGGCGAUGCAGGGGCACCUCCGGACCUACAUGAACGCGGGGGCGCCCAAGAGGUUCAAAGAGGACGAGGAGAAAGAACAGCUUGCAAAAGAGCUCGCGAAAGAUUGGAAUGCUAUAUUUGAAAGGAGCAUCAAUACAUUGUUUUUGACUGAAAUGGUCCGUGGUUUGAUGCUGACGCUCAAGUACUUCUUUGAGCGGAAAGUUACAAUCAACUAUCCAUUUGAGAAGGGUCCUCUUAGCCCCCGUUUCCGUGGAGAGCAUGCUCUCAGACGUUAUGAUUCUGGGGAAGAGCGCUGCAUUGCCUGUAAACUAUGUGAAGCUAUAUGCCCAGCUCAAGCAAUUACUAUUGAGGCAGAAGAACGUGAAGACGGCAGUCGCAGAACCACAAGAUAUGAUAUUGACAUGACCAAAUGCAUCUACUGUGGGUUCUGCCAGGAAGCUUGCCCUGUUGAUGCUAUUGUUGAAGGGCCUAACUUUGAGUUUUCGACUGAAACUCACGAGGAACUUCUGUACGACAAGGAGAAACUGCUUGAGAACGGCGAUCGCUGGGAGACAGAGAUUGCAGAAAACUUAAAGUCUGAGGCCCUUUACCGUUGAUUUGCCCCCUUAUUGCGAUAAACAGGAUCUACCAUUUUCCCUGUUUUGCUCAAGUAGCGCAUAAAUAAGCGAAUUUGUAUUUUAACCUGAAAACCAGGUACCUUGUUUUUGUACCUCGGCUCCAUCUGUUGUACUAUGCUCCAGGGUAAAGAUGCACAGCAUGUUCAGCAUGUUUUUAACUUUGAUGGCAUCGUGAACAAAGCAUUUUAGUCAAGGAGGUCCCAUUUCCUUGUCAGUACAUUUUCUGUAUUUCUUAUGAAUGGUCGAUUAAUCACGGGCUAUGAACUUA